UGUGCAAACUCUAUUUUGUUUUAUUGUAUCGCAAUAAGUAUAUUGUAUCAAAAAUAUUUUCUGACAAUUUAUAAGUAUUUUUGGUUUGAAAAUAUUCAUAUUUCUUUUAGUUCAGAAUGAAUAUUUCUAAGAUAUUUUUUAAAAAGGUUUUACAGGUUUUUUCAAUUUUUUAUCAGCUAAAAUCCAUCUUAAAAUUAAACUUUUUUGAACUAUGGCUUGGACAAGAGCUGUUUGGUUGGAAUAUUCUAAAGAAGGUGUUGUCAGUGAGUUUGAAAAUACAAUUCCAUCUAAUUGGAUAAAGAGUGGCUUUGUUUAUUGGCCGAAUAGAAAAGUGGAAUCUGCAGUUCAAAAACGAUAUGAUCCAACAGAUGAUUGGCUUAAAUUUAAACUGAAAUAUGUCAAAAUUACAGAUAAUGAUAGAGGUGUAUGCGACGAGUAUGGUGAUAAUGUUACUGCUGGAGAGACCGCUGGAGUAAUGGAUAUAAUAAAGUGUAAACAAAUUUCUCCAAAUAAAAAACGAACUGUAUUACCACUUCCUGUUCCUCCUACUAAGAAAAAGCGAACAACAAAAUCUAGUUUAGAUGUUACACAGUUCUUGGAUGACCAAGAUGAAAAUAGUGAAGAAGAGAUGUUUCUUAAAAAGAAAAAAAGGAUAAAUAUCAAAUCAAAAUGUUUACCACUUAAUUCAUUGCCAGGCAGUUCACAAAUUAGCAUGCCAAAAAAUAGUCAAAGAAUGGAUUCAAUGAUAGCGCCAGAAAAUGUUUGUUUGAUGUCUUCAGUGAUCCCAUCAAUUUUACCAAUAAGGAAAGACUCUGCAAGUAUACGUGAUGAAUUAUUUUUAAACAACAAUGAUAAUAAAGCAUUUCAAUUGAUGGUAAUUCGGAAAUUAGAACAUAUCGAUACAAGGCUUGACGAUCUGUUUAGAUUAGUUUCUACUUUUAAUGAAAGUAAAGAUGAUGUUUAUCAUCUUCCCCAACCAUUUGCCGAGCUUGCAGAUUUGAUAACGUUUGAUGCAGGAUUGACGAAUCUUAAAGAGUUCAAAGCAUUUGUGAAAGAACUUUCUAGACUUGGUGGAAGCAGUGCAAAGAAAUGUGUAGCAAAUGUUUUAAACAGGUUAAUGGCAAAUAAACUGCAAGCAAAGUUUAAUUUGACUGGAUCUAAUACAAAACAAACAAAAAAGAUUGGUUUUCAAACUUUAAAUAUUUAUAGAGGUGUUAUUGAUGCAGUUACCCGGUCUUUUAAAAUAAAAAAACACGAUGCUCGAACAUAUAUUGCAGAUUGUUUGAAGUUUGCACCAUAUCGAUUGGACGGUGGGAAACGGGCAUCAAAUCAAAAUGAAACAGAAGUUUAUAAAGAUGCCGAUGCUUAUAUUUGCGAUGAAGAAAACGACGAUAUUUUAUCAAGAUCGUUUUAAAAAUAAUUUCAAUUUUGUAUCAUAUUUUGUUUUAAAAAUGUCUUAGUUAU